UCUUGUACUGAAAGAAACAUUAUUGAUUUACCGCCACAGAUUUUACCUCAAAAUUUAACAACAGUACUAGAAGUAGAAAAUUGCUUACAGUGCGUUUACUGUGCUAAGUGUUCCAAAGAAACCAAAAAUUGCGUUUUAAUUGUGAAGAUAAUUAAUCUAUUCGUAAACACAUUUUAAACUUGAUUGGCUCCAGAAAAUGUUUUUUUCAUAUAUUAAUCAAUCGUGUGAUAGAAACGAGUAUAUUUUUCAUAAGAAAUGUCAAACAAAAGAUUUAAAGCAGUUAUGUAAAGUGAACAGAUUUAGACACCUGAUACAAUUUUAUUUCGUAAGUUUUAUUAUUUCAAAGGUUGCACACGCAAAUCCAAAAUGCCACGGUACAGAACUGUUAGAAAACGAGGAUAUGACGUGCGACAUCAUACGUGAUAUUCUCGACACUCACAACAGAUUACGGCAAUCUAUCGCCGAGGGAUCAAUUAAUGCUCAACCACCUGCUGCCAAUAUGCGCGAAAUGUAUUGGGAUUCCGAGCUUGCGUCUGGUGCUCAAAAUUGGGCAAAUCAAUGCACAUUUGAUCACAAUAGUGAGAAAGACAGGAAAGUUGAACGAUUUUCGGUCGGUCAAAAUUUAGGCCUGAUGAUAACGCCAGGAAGCCAAUAUAUCACAAAAAUAGAAUUUUCUAAACAAAUAAAUAAAUGGUUCGACGAGCACGAACUUUAUCAAUUUAGCGCUAUUGACGCAAAGAGUGCAGCUACUACUGGUCACUACACACAAGUUGUUUGGGCAAAUACUUAUCUAGUCGGAUGCGGAUAUUCAAUGUAUAAAACGUCAAAUAAUACUGCCUAUCAAUUCUAUGUCUGCAAUUAUGGACCCGCUGGCAACGUAUUGGAUAAGCUACCUUACAUCAUUGGCAACCGUAGCUGCGAUCAUCCUUUGAAAAAUUCCGACAAAUAUCCUAAUCUUUGCGGUGUUAAAGAUGUACCAAUAAGUUGCCUCAAAAAUAAUACUGAAGAACUUAAUAGCUACAAGAGAUCCGCAUUCGUCCAAAAUGGCCGUAAAUUUUUAAACUCUCAUCAUAAUACGCACAAAUAUAACAGUUCUGUGUAUCAGAGAAAAAAAUCAUUUUGUUCGCGCAAAAUGCAAAUCAAUUUCCUAUCAAGAAUAUUCUGUUGCAUAAUAUUGUAAUAAGUAUUUUAACGUUUAGAUAAUUUAUUGUAACAUAAUUCAUUAUAACAGCAUACUAA